AUGCUAAAUUCCCAAAAAAUUCAAGCAUUAUUGCAACAUUUUUUAGGGCCUGUAUCUAUAGAAGAUCCAAUAUCCUUUAAAACAUCUUCAUUACAAUCUGUUGUCCUUAUCUCAUCUUUGAAUGGUGCUAUCAUAUCCUAUGCAAACAGUGAUGAAAGUAAUACAUCCAUAAGCAACCUUAAAAUGGUAUGUCUUUUAUGCAAAGAUAGAUGGUCUGAAGAUGAAUCAGAUCCUGAAGAACAAUCCACAAAAUGUUGUUAUCAUUAUCAAUGGCAAAUGAAUAAUGGUAGAACUUACAAGACAAGAAUAUACACUUACGAGAUUGAAGAUAUGCAUGUGGUUAUGGCACAUAUACCCGAAUCUGAUUUGAUUGUACUUUUUACUGCUAAUAAGGACGAUUUCCCAUAUGGUUUAAUGGUGCUAAAAAUGAAACAGUCCUUACAAUCAAUUAGCAAUUUAUACGGUUAUAAAUUAAGUUAG